UUCAUGGCUGUUGGAUACUGUUUCUAAAUUCGAACAGUUCAGUGUUAAAUGAUCGUAUUACACCAAAUUGUGUUUUUCUCAAGUAUAUCAGUUUUAGAAUAGGCUUGAUUUUAUUAUUAGAAUAGGCUUGAUUUUAUUAUUAUUUUAAAACAUAAGAAAUGAAAUUUGUGUGUUAAUACGCGUCAAUACUUGGCUAAAGUAAAGAGUAUUUCUCUGCAAGAUAACGAAAUUAGUACUUCGCACCCGUUUAUAUUUAUAGAUGCAGUAACAAAGUAUUCUGAAUUUGAAAACUUCUAAAUUAAUGAACUGCUCAGUUCUCAAAUACUUGAUGGGCUGUGCUAGAAGCAGGCUUCCUGAAACAUUGUUUUCCGUAGUAAAUUCAAGAAAAAUGUGAGACUUGUUUUCCCAUUCAAUAUCGAGUUUCCCCGAGUCUCCAAAUGCAGGUACAGGUUGAAACAAGGCCGUCAACUGUGCAUCUAAGUAGGAAUAUUGUUUAUCGCCGAGCCUUACUAACAGCUAAGUUUGGCCUUGGAUGAAAUUUGGAAAGAGAACAGCUCAGAGUGCGGUUCGAAGAUCUUCCACCCCCUCUUCGAAACACCAAUGUCUCGAUAGGAUUUCAGUUCCCCAUGUAUUUUGUGUGUCCAUUUGCCACACAGACAAUAUCUCCUUACGUAUAUCCAUGCCUUUUCAGAGAUGGAAUUGUGAGCCCUUCUGUACAGCAGUCAGUGUUGCUAAUCACUGUACUGUCUGUGCAGCAUUUCCAAAAGUAGGUCUAGUGUACUUAAUGUUCACUUCAGUACGAAAGCUAUUUGCAUACAGUCGCACAUUUUUUGUAGUGGCUACAUAUCCUGGCCUAUGUUAUCAAACAUAUUUCUUAGAUUACAUAGAAAUGGAUUUGAUAAAGAUCACGGCAGAUGAAAUCAAUAUAUCCGAUGCCUUAACAGUUUUAUCCAAUCCUGCAUGUGGUGGUACUGCUUGUUUUAUUGGAACUACAAGAGAUACAUUUAAUGGUAAGAAAGUAUUGAAACUUCAUUAUGAAGCCUAUGAAAGUAUGGCCAUUAAAAAUCUACAUAAAAUUUGUGAAGAGAUGAAAUUUAAAUGGCCUAUUGUAAAUGUAGUUCUCAUUCAUCGAAUUGGUUCAGUGCCUAUAUCAGAAGCUAGUGUUAUGGUUGCUGCUAAUUCAGUGCAUAGGAAAGAAGCUCUAGAAGCUGUAACUUAUGGAAUUGAUGCUAUAAAAUCUGAUGUUCCAAUAUGGAAGAGAGAAGAAUAUGAUGAUGGAACAUCUAACUGGAAAGAAAACUGUGAAUUUUAUAGAAAUUUUGAACCUAGUGCUUCUUAUUUUGCUUUGUAAAAAUGUCAAGCUGAAAUGAAUUGCUUUUAUGUAUUUUUUUAAAGUUGUUAUUUAUUUAUUCCUUUUUAAAGUUUAAAUUUAAGUAUUUCUAAUAAAAUUAAUAAAUGCA